CUGUGAUGAUGUGAAGAUACGUGAAUUCUAGGCGACAUACCGAGACAGAGUAGAGGAGGGAUUUUCUUCAUAUUUCCCCUUCUUCUCAUCUCUCCGCUCGGCAAAUUCAAGGGCUUCACCUCUAGAUGUGAGUGUUUGAUUUUGUUCUUCAACAUUGACAUAUUCCGCAUGAAUUACAGAAAAAUCGCGUGGAUCGGCGAUUCACACACAGCGAGAUCUCGCACUGUUCAGUGAUCGGGGGGAUACGUAGUAGAUAGAUGUCUUCAACAACUCUGAGGAGACGGCGGCUCCAUCACGGGGACGUUGAUGGCAAACGGGACGAGCAAUUCGAGGGAUUGAGCUCCGAUGAUGAUUUGAACGAGCCCUUAUUGGGUGCUUACAGUAGAUAUGAUCGCCCCGAUAUAGAUGACAAGCAUUCCCAGGAAUGUACGCUGGCGGAGAUUUUGGAUGAAGGGCGAAGGAAAGAACACCUCCACUGGACUCUACUCUUUUCGCAUUUAAUUGCUCAGUGGGCACAAUGGUUAGCAAACAUUGUACUCGGCUCUGGGUCAUUUAUUGGACGGAUUUUGCCUUUUUUGCCAUUGCUAACCCAAAGUGGACCCACUACAAGGCUUCUACCUCCAUUGCUCAAUCCUUUGCAGGAGGCCAGGCUAAAACAUCUAAAGCAAAGAGUUGCAGUUCCUUUUGAUGGAUCUUUUCGGGAGCAUCAAGAGGCACUGAAACAGCUGUGGAAGUUAGCUUACCCAAAGCGGGAGCUUCCGUCUCUUAAGUCAGAACUUUGGAAAGAUAUGGGCUGGCAAGGUUGCGAUCCUUCAAGUGACUUCAGGGGUGGAGGCUACAUAUCACUGGAAAAUCUGAUAUAUUUUGCCAAGGCAUACCCGGAAUCUUUCCAGAAUUUGUUGCAAAAACGAAAUGGGAAAAGAUCCGAAUGGGAGUAUCCCUUUGCUGUAGCGGGCAUCAAUAUUUCUUUUAUGUUGGUUCAGAUGUUGGAUCUUCAAUCAGGAAAACCAACCACACUGCCAGCCAUCCGGUUUCUAGAUUUGCUUGGCGAAGACGAGAGGGCUUUUGACAACCUCUUUUGCGUUGCCUUCGAAAUGUUAGAUGCACAAUGGCUUGCAAAGCGGGCAUCAUAUAUGGAAUUUAAUGAUGUUCUGAAGUCUACCAGGAACCAGCUAGAGCGCGAGCUUGCACUUGAAGACAUCUCCAACAUUAAGGAUUUGCCUGCAUUUAAUCUAUUGUCAAGAUGAUCCCGUUUCGCCUUCCUAUACACCGUAAUCACAACGUCUAUAUGCCUUGUACCUCUUGUACAUUCAUCUCGACUUCUUUCCCCUUGAAAAUGAUACUCCCUUUGUCGCAAAAUUGAUUAUAAUUUUUUUCACCUCUCGAUAACUUUUGU